AUGGAAGAGGCACUUGUGGAUCGUUCGGACUUACCCAUGCUGCAUCCUUCUCGGGCAAAUGGAGCUAAAUGGUUUAAGCACCACACACAAGUAUCAACUGCUGUAAGAAGGGUCAUUCAAAGUUACUUCAAAGGCCCAUGGUACUCCUGGAAAAGAGUGUCAACCUUCUACAGACAAGCAUUGUUUAAUCUGUUUAAGGGAAAGUUUAAUUGGGAUCCUACUAUCAAUGGUCAAGUUCAAAGUGAGUUUAAUAAGCUUGCUGCUUAUCGUUUGAGAGGUAUGAUAAGUCAUGCAAAGAGGACUGGAGUCAAACCAGACUGGAUUUUGAAAGACUAUUGGACCAUCAUGGUAGCUUAUUGGGCAACACCAAAAGCAAAAGCCAAUAGCGAGAAGGCUCGUAAUUCUCGAUUGUCUGAUCGCAGUGGCUUGGGUCCACAUUCCCACAUAUCUGGUUCACGUUCCUAUGCCAAAGUUCAAGAUGUUCUGGAAGCAAACAAUGAAGAUUACUCUUUCAUUGCUGUGAUGAAGAAAGCUAAUCAGAAGCCUGAUGGAACAUACGCUGAUCAACGAGCACAACUGGUUGCAGAGACUUAUGAGGAGCUUCUACAAGAACACUUGAGACAACUACAAGCUUCUGGUCAAGAGAAUGUGACAGCUGAAAAUCUUGACAUACGUGUGAAAAAUGAGAUUUAUAUCAAGGCUGCUGCUGGUGCUCCUGGGUCUUCUAAACAAAGCCCUGUCUUUGGCCUUGGAGCAAUAGGUGAGGGUUUACCAUCAGUCGAUGCUUCUCCAAGUGAACCCCAACCUUCUGAAGUAGAGAUGAUAACAAAUCGGAUGCAAGUAAUGGAAACUGAACUGCAACAGAGCCGUGAAGAAAAUCAGGAGAUUCAGAAAAGACUUGAAGCUAUGGAGAAAAUGGUUGAGUCCUUUGCAAGUCAGUAG